AUGGGGAGCCACCGGGUCCGGGGUAGCCCCGCCAACAUGAAUCACCCGCACAGCCGGCAUCACCGGGCCAACAUCUCGAUUGAGAGCAACGAAAUUCAACGGUCCAUUCAGCGGCUCGAUGGAACGGGUGGUGCUCACGGUGCCGGCGGUCGACAAUCGGGUGGCGGGGGCCAGGGCCAAGGUGGUGCCUUGGCAAGCGGCCUGCCGUCGCCUGGUCUGCUGAAGCGCGUGUUCCUGUCGAACCGAACGGUCACGUGUAACGAUGGGUCUCAGGCGGGGUUCUAUCUGCGCAAGUCGCCCGGUUCGCGCCGUUGGGUCGUGUUCUUCGAGGGCGGCUGGCACUGCUACGACCACAAGUCGUGUCGGACGCGCUGGCUGAAGCAGCGCCACCUGAUGACCUCGGUCCAGUGGCCCGAAACCAGGGACGUGGGCGGACUGCUGUCGGCGCAUCCGUCAGAGAACCCUUACUGGUACAACGCGAACCACGUGUUCGUGCCGUACUGCAGCAGCGACUCGUGGAGCGGCACCAAGGUGCGGCCGGACACGCGCGACGGGCUGCGCUUCAUGGGGUCGCUCAUCGUGCGCCAGGUGAUGUCGGACCUGGUGCCGCUCGGGCUCGGCCACUCGCAGGGCGCCGACCUGCUGAUGGCCGGCUCGUCGGCCGGCGGGCUCGGCGUGAUGCUCAACCUGGACAAGGUGCGGACGUUGCUGCAGAGUGAACGAGGUCUGAAGGUGAGCGUUCGCGGGGUGAGCGAUUCCGGCUGGUUCCUCGACCGGGAACCGUACACACCGGGCGCGGUGGCCGCAUCCGAAGCCGUCCGGCAGGGCUGGAAGCUAUGGGACGGUGCCCUGCCGCAGGCAUGCGUCGCCGAGCACCCGAAGGAACCGUGGCGGUGUUACUUCGGCCACCGGCUCUACAACACGCUGAAAUCGCCCCUGUUCGUGUUCCAGUGGCUGUUCGACGAGGCGCAGAUGCGGGCGGACAGCGUGGGGGCACCGGUGACGCCGCAGCAGUGGGACUACAUCCACGACAUGGGCGGAGCGCUGCGCGAGUCGCUUAGCAACGUGUCGGCCGUGUUUGCGCCGUCCUGCAUCGGCCACUCGGUGCUGACCAAGCGCGACUGGCUGAAGAUCCGGAUCGACGACAUCUCGCUGGCGGACGCACUCCGCUGCUGGGAGCAGUCGGUGAACGGGGACGGGCGUCAGUCGCAGUGGCGCUCGGUCAACCGGAGCCCUCAGAAGCUGCACCGGAAGCACAACCAGGGCGCCAGCCGGCGCAAACAGCAACCGGCGGACGGUGACGCCGGCACCGGGCGGCCUCCCCAGCGGCCCAAGCUAACCAAAGAGGAGCGCGAACGGCGGCGCCAGGAGCGUCGGAAGCGGCAGCAGCAGCAGCAGCAGCGGAAACAGAGCCCCGAGUCGGUCACUAAAGUUCCUAAGCUGGACCGCCCGUCGAACGGUACCACUUCCGUCCAGCGACCGAACGGUGGCCACACGAGGCGCCCUCCGCAACAGCGGCGCAACAACAACAACCAAGCGCAGCAGCUGAAAGAUCCCCAGGCGCAGCAGCACAAGCUGCGCAACCGGAACAAGAAGCGGCUGGGUGGCGGCGGUGGCGGCGGCGGCGGUGGUGGGCACCGGAACCGCAACCGGAAGGCGCGUGGCAACGGGGGCCGGAAUCGGGCGCCGGCCCAGGCGGUGCCGGUGGCCGAACCAAAGAAGUGCUCGCUCCGGCUGCUGGAGCGCUGCAGCUGGCCGCAGUGCAACCCCGUGUGCCCGACACUCACCAACCCCCUGACGGGUGAGGAGAUGAAGUUCCUGGAGCUGCUGGCCUCGUUCGGGCUGGACAUGGACGCGGUGGCCACCGCGCUCGGCGUCGACAUGCAGACGCUCAACAACAUGGACCACGCGGAGUUGGUCAACCUCCUGACGCAGCAGGUGACGUAG